CGAUAGUAAAUGUAGAAAAAAACUAUACAAGUGAACAUUAUUAAUUCACUAAUGUUUUCUAUAAAGUACUUAAUAUUAUUUAGAUCAUCGUAAUAGGUACAUAGUGUAACUAUCAAAAAUUUACUUGUAUGGAACUAGAAUCACAGAAUAUAUAAUAGUUGCUAGAAUGGAGUUUGUAACUGAAGUGUCAGAGUUUGUGCGAUUGAAGGAGGAGCCCGCUGAGCCAGAAGCGGAGCCCGAGCGGCGGCCGCCCGGCGCGGCGCGAGUGCACAUCAAAGAAGAACCACAGAAUGAACAUCAGUCAGACAGUGACGAAAAGGAAGAUUGUUUGCAACACACAAUGAGUGAAUACGAAAUAAAGAAGGAUCCCUCAUGCUUUGAAAAUAUUGUGAGUGAUGUGAUACAUGGCUUGUGUGACGGUAGAGUGAAGGAUGAGGUUAUGCAGCCGGAGUCCGUGCCACAGAUCCCACAGACAGCCUCCUGCUCGGACAGGGAGUGUGUGAGCGAAGCAGCCAUGCUGGCCGGCCUGUACACGGACCAUGAUGUUAAAGAUGAGCUUGUGCUGGGUGCGGAGUGCCCAUAUCGCCCUGAUGUCACUCUAGUAGUUCAUGGUCGCAUUGGCCGUACGCUUCGAGAUUGCUCUGUGACACUUGAACGCAUCCCACACAUCGAUGUGCUCGCUAAGCGACAAGGCACAACUAGUAGUGACACUGAGUCCGAUACUGAUAAAUUGCCAUUUAGAGAUGAAUUUUACACAGAAGAGAAAGAACCAUUAUGUGAUCUCUGUGGUGAAAGAUUCAGUGUAAUGUCGGAUUUAGUGAAACAUGUCAUGGAUCAUGUACACAGACCGAGAGCGGAGCAGGAAGGCGGAGGGCAAAGCAAUGCAUUUGCUGGUCAGUGCCAGCAAGAGCAGGAGCGGGUUUUAUGCCGAAAAUACGCGAUCCAGGACUGCCGCGUGCGCCUCGAACGGCUCCGAAACCAAGAGGCUCUUGCCGCCAACGACACGCAACACACGGAUACGGAAGUUGAUGUGGAGGAUAUACACACUAGAGUUGACAAUGGGAAACCGACUUGUGAUCUUUGUGGAGAUAGUUUUGCACUGAAAUCGGAUUUGAAAAAACAUAUGAUUGGUGUUCACAUGCCGUCGACACGACGUUCACAAGACGUGAGUCCGGACAAGGAAUCAGAUACUAGGAUUCAUAUGUAUGAGUGUGACAUAUGCGGAGCAUCAUUUCAGCAAAAAAAUACUUUACAAAUUCAUAUCAAAACACACUCAAGACUGUCAAAGUCCAAGGACUCUAAAUGCGAUAACAUAGGAGAAAAUGUUUACUGUUGCGAAAUAUGUGCAGAGCGUUUCCGAAGUAGAUUCCGAUUGAAUAAACAUAGAAGAGUUCAUUAUAAUAUAAGUUCAUAUUCUUGCCACGUAUGCGAAAAAAGAUUUAAAACUCCUUCUGAUUUUAAAAGACAUACAAGUUUAUGUAGUGACAAACGACCAUAUUCAUGUGAUGUGUGUAAAAAACGGUUUAAAACUGACGCUUAUUUAAAACGACAUGUACUGUUUCACAGUGAUAUAAGGCCAUAUUCUUGUGAUGUGUGUAAAAACCGAUUUAAAACUGUUUAUGAUUUUAAAAGACAUACAAGUAUACAUAGUGACAUACGGCCAUAUUCAUGUGAUGUAUGUAAAAAAUGGUUUAAGACUGACGCUUAUUUAAAACGACAUAUACUGUUUCACAGUAAUAUAAGGCCAUAUUCAUGUGAUAUGUGUAAUAAACGAUUUAAAACUGACGCUUGUUUAAAACGUCAUAUACUGUUUCACAGUGAUAUAAGGCCAUAUUCUUGUGAUGUGUGUAAAAAUCGAUUCAAAACUGUUUCCGGAGUUAAUAGUCAUACAAGGAUACAUAGUGACCUAAGACCACAUUCUUGUGACGUAUGUAAAAAGCGAUUUAAGUUAAAGGCUGUUUUAAAUCGGCAUACACUGACUCAUAGAGCGCCUUCAUAUUCGUGUGAUGUGUGUAAAAAACGAUUUAGUACUAAGGAUUAUUUAAAACUACAUAUUCUGAUUCAUGGCGAUUUAAGAUCAUAUUCGUGUGAUGUGUGUAAAAAACGAUUUAACACUGACGCUUAUUUAAAACGACAUUUACUGUUACACAGUGAUAUAAGGCCAUAUUCUUGUGAUGUUUGUAAAAAACGAUUUCAUACUGUUUCUGAUUUGAAUAAACAUACAAAGAUACAUAUGAUGUAA